AUGUCCUCGCCCGCCGCCGUUAAUGCCGACUCGGAGCGCGAGCCGCUGCUUCCCAACGCCGCUAAUCAAGAAAAUGCCGAGGAGCCUGUCGCCCAGCGGCGACCCUUUUGGAGGAGAAAGGAGACCUACCUGAAAGGCUGUGGUGCUCUGUUUCUCAUCGAUCUUUGUGUAUCGGGGCUUCUUGCGCUCUUCCUCCUGCUUCGCCGCUACCAUCCUGACGUCGUGUUUCGCUACCCCAACGAGACCAUCGCCUGGAAGCCUUGUGGCAAUGUUGAAGGUAAACCGCUUGAGUGCGGCACCAUCGAUGUGCCUAUGGACCACUUCAACGCCUCGCGCUCAGGGAACAACACCUUUAAUAUUCCUGUGAUCCGCCUAAGGGGCAACGCCGAUGCGACGCACAACAUCCUGUUGAAUCCCGGAGGACCAGGCGGCAGCGGCGUCAAUUUCUUGAAGACCAGGGGCGUGGGACUGCAAAAGGCUGUUGGCCAUGACUUUCACUUCAUUGGCUUCGAUCCGCGCGGCGUUGGCGCGUCAAGCCCCCCAGCAGUGUGCUUUAGUGAUGCCAAAAUGCGGCGCACGCACCAAAUCCACUACGAUGGCGACGCGGAGCACGACAUUGAGCGCUACGACGAAGUUGGCAACUUUGCGCAAGCGUGCGCUGGCCACAUGGGCGAAUACGCGGCGCACGUCAACACCCCGCAGACGGCCGCUGAUAUGAAUGACAUUCUCGACGCUCUUGGCCAAGACGGUCUUUACUAUCUUGGCUACAGCUAUGGCACUGCGCUCGGCGCGACCUACGCCACCAUGUUCCCAGAGAGAGCUGAGCGCGUUGUAAUUGACGGAGUCCUGGAUAGCUUUGCAUACUACGGCAACCUGACACUUGAAAGCAGCUGCGAGGAUACCGACAAUGCUUUCUCCGGCUUCUUUGACGAAUGCGUCAAAGCUGGUAGCGCCUGCAAGCUAUCCAGCUUGGGGCAAACUGGCCGCGAUAUCCAGCGCAACGUGACAAGCUUUUUGAAUCACUUACAAGAUGACGGCCCCAUGCCCGUUUACAUCAACAGCACCAUGUUUGGAACUAUUUCUUACAACUCUCUCAUCACUGGCAUCUUCUUGGCCAUGUACAAGUCUCAAUCCUGGUACCCGCUUGCCGAUAACCUCGCCCAACUGCUCUCUGGCAACGCGACUGGCGCUUUUCUGGCAUAUCCUGACGAAGAUCCCAUCGCGGAUGGUAGCAAUGCCAUGAUCGAGCAAGGCACAUUUGUCAUGAACAAUGACCGCCCAUCUGGCCAUCCUGCAUGGCCCGAGGACCGGUACGACGUGCUGAAGAUUGCGGCGCCGGAGGCGGAAUUAUGCGCGCCUUGGGUUACAAGCACAGUGAGCGGCGCGAUGAUGUCCGCGCAGUGGAAAGUCCCCAAGGCGCACCGCUUCGCUCCUCGGCGCGACGUUCAGACGCGCCACCCUAUGCUAGUCAUGUCGUCCACAUACGAUCCAAUUUGCCCCCUGUCUGCGGCCAAGAGGGCCCGCGACAGCUUCCCCGAGGCCAAGCUCAUCGAGGUUCUGGGAAUUGGACACUGCGCCUUGUCUUCGCCGUCAAUGUGUGCGGCUCGCCUGCUCCACGCGUACAUGGUAAAUGGAACGAUGCCGGAGGAGGGCCAUACCAAGUGCAGUCGGGAUGACGUGCCGUAUUUCGUCGACCCAGAAGAAAAAAAAGACGAAGAGGAUGGCCCCAAGGCAGACGCAGGCAGUGCGGUCUUUGUUGAUGAAGAUGCGGAUCUCAUGGCGGCUUUGCGCGACUUGUCGGGUGCCAUCCCAGUGCCAAGCUUCGUAGGGAAGCGGUAUUGA